GGUGGGUUGACAUUUUGCCUAGAAUAGAUUGUUUGUCGAUAUUUUUCCUAUUUUUUCUCUCGUUUUCUAAUUUAAUGCUCAACACACUCUAUCCCUAUCCCCAUCUCUAUUGUAGUCUGCAUUUCCAACAACAAUUUGACGGCGCCAACCAGUCUCGAUCCGCCUAUCACUCCGUUUGCUUCUGCCGCCAGCGGAAGGAUAAAACAUAAAGAAGCAAACCAUCACACAAAUUGCCUCGUUUCAUAAUUUUGCAAACAAGAAACAUUGUGUGCUCAGGUGCUGUAAUCAGAUAAAGCGAGUUGGGGUUUGAUAUUUACAUCAAUGGCUACAUGCACUUCCCCUUAUUUUACACCUCCGGAUGCUGGGAGACGGGCUGGGGUAUUGACUGUUCUUGGAGGGAGAAUUUCCCCAUUGAAAAUUGUUGAAGAAAGGAAUGGGUUUUCUGGUGUAACUCAAAAAUGUGGUUCAGGUCUCCCACAGUUGAAAUGUUCGGCCAAUUCCCAUAGUGUGAAUCAGUUUCAUAGCAAGGACUCGUUUCUGAACCUACACCCUGAGAUCUCGAUGCUUAGAGGUGAGACGAGCACUACCAUGAUCAACCCAAGACAGGAUUCGUCAAGUGGAAAUGUUACUGAGAGUGUUAGAGACUUAUCUACUUUGAACAAUUAUAGUGAGGCCAAGAUCAAGGUUAUUGGCAUUGGAGGUGGUGGAUCCAAUGCUGUUAACCGUAUGAUAGAGAGUGAAAUGAAGGGGGUUGAGUUCUGGAUAGUUAACACUGACAUCCAAGCCAUGAGGAUAUCACCCAUCUUUCCUGAGCAUCGCUUGCAGAUUGGUGGAGAGCUUACUCGAGGACUCGGUGCUGGUGGGAACCCAGAAGUUGGUAUGAGUGCUGCUAAUGAAAGCAAAGCAGCAAUAGAGGAGGCAGUUGAUGGAGCAGACAUGGUCUUUGUCACUGCUGGAAUGGGUGGGGGAACAGGCACUGGGGGAGCCCCUGUAAUUGCUGGAAUCGCAAAAUCCAUGGGCAUUUUGACUGUUGGUAUAGUCACCACUCCAUUCUCAUUUGAAGGACGAAGAAGAGCUGUUCAAGCUCAGGAAGGAAUCGCAGCUUUAAGAGAAAACGUUGAUACCCUCAUUGUCAUUCCAAAUGAUAAACUGCUCACUGCAGUUUCUCCAUCCACACCAGUAACAGAUGCAUUCAAUCUUGCUGAUGAUAUUCUUCGACAAGGAGUUCGGGGUAUCUCCGAUAUUAUCACGAUUCCAGGGUUAGUAAAUGUAGAUUUUGCAGAUGUGAGAGCUAUUAUGGCUAGUGCCGGUUCUUCAUUAAUGGGAAUCGGAACUGCUACAGGAAAAACCAGGGCCAGAGAUGCUGCACUAAAUGCCAUUCAAUCUCCUUUACUAGAUAUUGGUAUAGAGAGAGCAACCGGAAUUGUGUGGAAUAUAACUGGUGGCAAUGAUCUAACAUUGUUUGAGGUAAAUGCUGCAGCAGAGGUCAUAUAUGAUCUUGUGGAUCCAAGUGCCAACUUAAUUUUCGGUGCUGUAGUAGAUCCGUCUAUAAGUGGUCAAGUGAGCAUAACUUUGAUAGCCACUGGUUUUAAACGUCAAGAAGAAGUUGACGGGAGGAAUCCCCAGGCAAAUCUGGUUGGGCAAGCAGAUUCAAACAGACGGUCUUCGUCGUCGUUUCUAGAAGGCGGUGCUGUUGAGAUACCUGAGUUCUUGAGGAAGAAAGGACGGUCUCGCUAUCCAAGAGCUUAAUUACUUGUUCUUCUUAUCAUGCUUCUGUAUAGGAUAGGAUUUUGGUUUUUCUUUCAUUCAGUUUAUUAGCUCCACAUCCUGUCAAAUAAAAUAAAAUUUUAUAUGUAUACAAGCUAUCUGUACUUCUUUUCUUUCAAACAGCCCCACCCUCAACUUGCGAUUAUUAUUUCUUAAUGUUAGUUUUGAAACAAAAUCCUUUGAAUGUUAAAGUUCUGGUUGUCCAAGUGUUAUACA